AUGGAUCGAGGGGCUUCAGACUUGGAAAAGCCCCCGCUUGGCACUUCCUCCGACGGAGAUGCCCAAAGUUCGGUUCUCCCCUGCGGCAAGAAAUUAUGUCGGUGGUUUCCUUCCGAUUUCUGGGAAGAGGUGAAGAAUAUUAUGGUGAUGGCCGGGCCGUUGACGGUGAUUCAGCUCCUGGUGUUCAUGAUCCACGUCGUCAGUACGAUAUUUUGUGGCCACAUGGGCAAGGUUGAGCUGGCAUCUGUCACUCUGGCCAUUGCUUUCAGCAAUAAAUUCCUUUCCUUGGCCAUUCACGUGUGCCUCUGGCCUUUCCCCUUCUUCUUCCAGACUUACGGCGGGAAGAACAUGAAACGGGUGGGCACCAUCCUCCAACAAGGCAUCCUGAUUCUUCUCCUCUGCUGUUUCCCGUGCUGGGCAUUUUUCAUCAAUACAGAACAGCUUCUGUUGCUAAUCCGGCAGGAUCCGGAAGUCUCCAGGCUCACUCAGGUUUAUGUCAUGAUCUUUAUCCCAGCACUGCCUGCAGCCUUCAUUUACCAGAUCCAAAUGCGGUAUUUGCAAAAUCAGAAAAUCAUCUGGCCAGAGGUUUUUUGUGGCAUCGCUGCAAAUAUUAUCAACGUCCUGGGGAAUUAUAUUUUCCUUUACCAAUUCAACAUGGGCGUUAGGGGGUCUGCGUGGGCCAACACCAUCGCUCAGUAUGCGCAAGCCAUCACCCUCUUUCUGUACAUCAAGUGGAAGAAACUUCACGUCGAAACUUGGGGAGGUUGGUCCACGGACUGCCUGCAGGAGUGGGGUCUCUUCAUGUCGCUGGCGAUUCCCAGUAUGCUGAUGAUUUGCAUCGAAUGGUGGACCUUUGAAAUUGGAAGCUUUCUGAUAGGCCUUCUCAGUGUGCUGGAUCUGUCUGCACAAUCUGUCAUCUAUGAAAUCGCCACCGUAGCUUAUAUGAUUCCCUUUGGGAUCGGGGCCUCCACCAGUGUCCGAGUCGGCAACGCCUUAGGAGCCAGGAAAGUGGAAGAUGCCCGGAAGUCUUCCCUGGUCGCCAUGAUUUGCACAGGAUUAAUAGUAAUAGUAAUGCAGACUUUGUCCCUUCCAACUCUGUUAAUCUGAAUCUAUCUGUAUCUAUUUGUCCAAAACAGGGAAGUGGUUGACCUCGUGGCUUAUGUGAUGCCUGUCUACAUUGCCUUCCACCUGUUUGAAGGUCUUUGCGCUACAACCAGUGGGGUGUUGCGUGGCACCGGAAGGCAGAAACUAGGCGCCAUUUUCAACACGCUGGGCUACUACACUGUAGGCCUUCCCUUGGGGGUUGUGCUCCUUUUCGUAGCCAAAAUUGGCAUUAUAGGGUUUUGGCUGGGCAUGCUGACAUGCACCCUGAUCCCUUGCCUUUGCUCCGUCGUGUACAUUGUCCGGAUGAACUGGCACCAGGCGGCGGACGAGGCCCAGCGCCGUGCCAAACUGUCGCAGAAGCCAGUGGAGGAUUUGAACUCGGCUCCCAUCCCGGACAAGGCAGUUUCUUCUUCCGAUACGGAAGGCAAAGGAGGGUUUGGAGGACUCACGGAUGCCCAGAACGGUGUCGUGCUGCUGAGCUUCACCGUCAUAGAUGGCCCCACCUUGCAGGACAAGAAGGCGGCCGAUGUCCCCAAAACGGGCCAAGUUCUGACGACCAAACAACUGAUCGUUAGACGGGGACUGGCGGUGGCCGGCGCUGUGGGAAUUCUAGCCAUUGGAAUAUUGAUACGGAUAUUCACGGUGAACAAUUAAGAGACUGGGAAAAGACUGGAGCAGGCUCCCUUGAACCCAAGGCAAGGAAACAAGGGAGAGAUGAUCAGCGGCAGCGACCUGUUUCAUCCAGCAGAGGGCACCAGUGGGAGUUAUACUCAGAGCUUCCACCAGGGGGCUCCCAUCUCAGCAAAACAUUGUUGAACAUUGGACAUUUUUCUUGCAAAGGCCGAAUGCGGCACCUUAACAUGCAAAAGACUGAUUUUUUUGGAGGGAGGUUCAGAAAGUUUAUUUCCAUCACGCGGCCAUCUACUGCAGAUCACCUGACAUAUUCCAUGUAAUCUUUCCAGAUAAAAAAAUCUUUUAGUAGUAAUUUUUUACAGUUUUUAAAUGUAUGCCUUUAAAAGAAACAAGAAAAGUAGGUUAGAAAAGGUUAUCAAAUAAAUGGGGACCCCAGGGAGGUCAAAUAAGUCAAAAGCGGGCCCCAAACCAUGUUAUGGAAG